CCGGGGCUGGGAGACGCCGACACCGCAGCCUCCGGACCCCGGGGACACGGACUUCUCAGGAUCUGCCGGAGGGGGAAGGACUGAGGCCCCACUGAGGCCUUGGGCCGCACCGCCCGGCUCCCUCGGCCGCUGCUGCCGCCUCCCGGAACAGAAGAUGCCCUCCAGGAGUUGCCUGCCACCUCUCCUGCUGUUGCUCCUGCUGCUCCUGAGGUCUGGGGUCCAAGGCUGCCCAUCAGGCUGCCAGUGCAACCAGCCACAGAUAGUCUUCUGUACCGCCCGCCAGGCACCCACGGUUCCCCGAGACGUGCCACCUGACACAGUGGGCCUCUAUAUCUUCGAGAACGGCAUCACUACACUUGAUGUGGGCUGUUUUGCUGCCCUUCCAAGCCUGCAGCUCCUGGACUUGUCACAGAACCAGAUCACUAGCCUGCCUGGUGGCAUUUUUCAGCCACUUGUUAACCUCAGUAACCUGGACCUGACUGCCAACAAACUGCAAGAGAUCUCCAAUGAGACUUUCCACGGCCUGCGACGCCUUGAGCGCCUCUACCUGGGCAAGAACCGCAUUCGCCACAUCCAGACUGGUGCCUUUGAUGCACUUGACCACCUUCUGGAGCUCAAGCUGCAGGACAAUGAGCUCCGGGUGCUGCCUGCACUGCACUUGCCCCGCCUGCUGCUGCUGGACCUCAGCUACAACAGUAUCCCGACCCUGGAAGCCGGAGUGCUGGAUACUGCCAAUGUAGAGGCAUUGAGGUUGGCUGGCCUGGGGCUGCGGCGGCUAGAUGAGGGGCUUUUCGGCCGCCUGCGCAACCUCCAUGACCUGGAUGUUUCUGACAACCAGUUGGAGCACAUGCCAUCUGUGAUCCAAGGCUUGCGUGGCCUGACACGCCUGCGGCUAGCUGGCAACACCCGCAUUGCCCAUAUACGGCCAGAGGACCUGGCUGGCCUGACAGCCCUGCAGGAACUGGACGUGAGCAACCUGAGCCUACAGGCCCUGCCCAGUGACCUCUCAAGUCUCUUUCCCCGCCUGCGCCUCCUAGCAGCUGCCAGAAACCCCUUCAAUUGCUUGUGCCCCUUGAGCUGGUUUGGGCCUUGGGUGCGUGAGAACCAUGUUGUGCUGGCCAGCCCUGAGGAGACACGUUGUCACUUCCCACCCAAGAAUGCUGGCCGACUGCUCCUGGAUCUGGACUAUGCAGAUUUUGGCUGCCCAGUCACCACCACCACAGCCACAGUACCUACCAUAAAGCCAACUAUCAAAGAGCCCACCCCUUCGACUUCUAGCCAAGCCCCCACGUGGCCCAGCAUCACAGAGCCAACUACCCAGGCCUCCACCCCACCAUCCACGGCCCCACCAACCGUGAAGCCUGCUCCUCAGCCCCAGGACUGUCCAGCAUCCACCUGCCUGAACGGUGGUACCUGCCGUGUAGGGGCAGGACACCACUGGGAGUGCUUGUGCCCAGAGGGCUUCAUUGGCCUGUACUGUGAGAGUCCAGUGGGGCAAGGGAUGAAACCCAGCUCCAUACCGGACACUCCAAGGCCCUCCCGGCCCCUGCCUCUCAGCAUUGAGCCAGUGAGCCCCACCUCCUUGCGUGUGGAGCUGCAGCGUUACUUACAGGGCAGCGCUGUGCAGCUCCGGAGCCUCCGCCUCACCUAUCGUAACCUGUCUGGCCCCGACAGGCGGCUGGUGACCUUACGACUCCCUGCUUCUCUUGCAGAGUACACAGUCACCCAGCUGCGGCCCAAUGCCACCUAUUCUAUCUGUGUCACACCCCUGGGAGCUGGGCGGAUACCUGAAGGUGAGGAGGCCUGUGGGGAGGCCAACACCCCCCAGGCAGUCCGCUCCAAUCAUGCCCCAGUCACCCAGGCCCGUGAGGGCAAUCUGCCACUCCUCAUUGCACCUGCCCUGGCUGCUGUACUCCUAGCUGUGUUGGCUGCUGCAGGAGCAGCCUACUGUGUACGGCGGGGGCGGGCAACGUCUACAGCUCAGGACAAAGGGCAGGUGGGAGCAGGGACUGGGCCCCUGGAACUAGAGGGGGUGAAAGCCCCCUUGGAGCCAAGCUCCAAGGCAACAGAGGGAGGUGGGGAGGCCCUGUCAGGUGGUCCUGAAUGUGAGGUGCCCCUUAUGGGCUACCCAGGGCCCAGCCUCCAGGGGGCCCUCCCUGCUAAGCACUACAUCUAAGCCAGGAAAGAAAGAGCAGCCAGGGAGGGGUCCAGGCUUUCAGUCAUCACCCUUCUGCUGCCACACAAAGAAGUUCUCAAUAUGCACCACAGUGCACAUGCAUGAUGAUACUGUGGACAGCAGCCAGUCUCUGACCCUCUCCGGGCUGGAUCUCAUCUGUGAGCUGCUUCAGCCCAAAUGAACUAUCACAGCCACCAGCAUGUCCAGUACAGGCGCCUGCUGUCUUCUGCAGUGUGCAAUCCUGGGGUGUGAGCCCUGCCAUGUGCUGGUAACAUGGCUAGGCAUGUUUGGCUUCCCAAGCCAUGGAAUCUGGUAAACAGUGAAGGAAUCCCCAGAAAUAGUGGGGGGGGAAGGCACUAGGGCCGUGGCCGUGGCCCCAAAAGUGCAGGAACACUUGAAACUGGAAAGGAAGGUGCUCUGGGCACAUGUGGAUUUGCUUCUAUUGUUUUGUUUUGUUCUUAAUGUAUUUAUAAAAGAUCUUUUCCCGUUUAUGCUGGGAAAGUGUUUUUCAAAUUCAGUGACAAGGACUUUGGUUUUUGUAAGACUAUUGAUGAUAUGAAGGCCUUUUGUAAGAAAAUAAAAACUAAAAUGAAU